GGAGGUGCGACAGCUACGGGACGCCCGGGUGCGUGCGUGUGUUUUGGGGGUCCCGCGCCACGGGGGAGCAGCUAGAGCUCUGGGCGUCCGGCCUGCGGCUCGAAGCCGGCGGUAUGCAAGUGUGAGAUGCGUCCUCGGGUAGCCCGGAUACGAGCAGCGGCCCCCAGGGCUCGGGUGACGGGAAGCGCGGCCUCCUCGGCGCCGGGCGCGCGGUGCAUGCGGGGGAGCACGCGAGCUCCACGCCGCCUCCAUAAACACUUGUUUAGGACUCGUUCGCCUCGUUGAGGCCCCACCAUGGCGGCCCCACCGGAUCCCGAGCCCCCCGAAUCGGCAGCGGCGCCCCUGAGCGCCCCAGAGGUGGCGCGGCUCCGCGAGGAGCAGGAAAAGGUGGUCACUAGCUGCCAAGAGAAAAUCCAGCAUUGGAGGAAGGUGGAUGAUGACUACAGUGCCCUUCAGGAGAGGCUCAGCACCUUGCCGGAUAAGUUGUCCUACGACAUCAUGGUACCCUUUGGCCCCUUUGCCUUCAUGCCAGGAAAACUUGUGCACACCAAUGAAGUCACUGUUUUACUAGGGGAUAACUGGUUUGCAAAGUGCUCAGCCAAACAGGCUGUGGGAUUAGUGGAGCAUCGGAAAGGACAUGUGAGAAAAACAAUAGAUGAUUUGACCAGAGUGAUGAAAAAUUUUGAAUCCAGAGUUGAAUUCACAGAAGAUUUGCAGAAAAUGAGUGAUGCUGCAGGUGAUAUUGUUGACAUAAGAGAAGACCUAAAAAAUGACUUUGAAUUAAAAGGAAAAAAACGAAUUGCUCAUAAGCCUCAUUCCAAACCAAAAACUUCAGAUCUUUUUGAAGCUGAUUUUGUCAAUGAUACAAAAUCCAAGGAUUUGCUUGCUGACAAGGAGCUGUGGGCUCGACUUGAAGAAUUGGAGAGGCAAGAGGAGUUACUGGGUGAACUGGACAGUAAGCCUGACACUGUGAUUGCAAAUGGUAGAGAUGCGAGCUCCUCUGAAGAGGAAAAAGAGGAGCAGAAGGCACAUGCACAUGGGGGCGAUGAAGCUGAUGGCCCCCUCACCCCCAGAAGUGGUUGGAAGCUCGCUCCUAACUCAACCCUGCUCAGUGGUCCAGCGAACAGCAGUCCAUCACUCUGUCCAGUGAAUGGCUCAAAAGCAUACCACAGCAAGGAAGAUGACACUGACAGGGACGAGGAUGAUGGGGAUGACGAUGAGGAUGAAGAUGGUGAUAAAGAAAAUCACCCAUGUGCCUUAGGGCUUGGAGACAGCUCUGUACCAACCAUCUACUUUUCUCACACUGUGGAACCAAAGAGGGUUCGAAUAAAUACUGGGAAAAACACCACCUUGAAGUUCAGCGAAAAGAAAGAAGAAGCCAAACGGAAGCGCAAGAACACCAGCAGCAGCCAUGGUGCCCACGAGCUGCCCACCAUCAAGACCCCGGCCGACAUUUACAGGGUCUUCGUGGACGUGGUGAACGGUGAGUACAUCCCACGCAAGUCCAUCCUCAAGUCGCGCAGCCGGGAGAACAGCGUGUGCAGCGACACCAGCGAGAGCAGCACGGCUGAGCCUGACGAGCGGCGCUCAGUGCUGCGGAGCCUCAGCUGUGAGGAAGCUGGUGGAGAGCCUGGAGAGGCCGGCCCUGGCCUCCUGGAGGAGUCUACCAGCGGGCAGCGGCCUGUGCCCCAUGCAGGUCCUCCUGAGGCUUUUUCUGGAAUGGUGAUAGAAAAGGACUUUUUAUCCUCCUCAACAGCACACCCCGCCAUCUCUCCUCCUGGACUGCCCACCAUUCCAGAACGCAAGGAAGUGCUGUCAGAAGCAGCUGAAGAGCCUGCAAAGCGGGUUUCCAAGUUCAAAGCAGCCCGGUUGCAGCAGAAAAGCUAGGCCGCCACCAGCUGGGCAUGCUCAGCUGCGUGUUGAACUCGGGCCCUGGAGGCAGUGACUCAGCAGCCCUUUUCCUCCGUCACGCACGCUGGCACGUAGGCCUUCCCACGCGCCACCGCGGCUGUGGUCAUUUCCAGUGGCUACAGUGGUCUGCGCUGUUUUUUCGUGUUUCAGACUAAGUACAGCCCGUGCAGUACCAGCCAUCGUGUGUGUGGGCCAUGUGAAAGAAACUUCGUCAAAUUUCAGAUCCACUCAAUGGUUCUGUCUCUUUGCAUUUGCAUUUCAAGGCACUUUAAAGUAAAACUAAAAAAAGUAAUCAAUGUCUUGUAGGCUCUGCAUCGAGGUGGCUAUUUCACACGCUCUCUCCUUUCAAUGCCACACUGCUGUCCUUUUCUUUACUUCCCUAUUUUCUUUUCCAGGUCUGAGACCAGGACUCAAACUUGGUACCUGGGCCGCUAUCACU